AUGUCUUCAAAUUCUAGUUGGACACCAAACGAAUCCUCUGAAACCCUUCUCGCAGAGAAAGGUUGGCUGCAGGGUACAGUGGUCAGCGCCGUUGCAUAUGGCAUCGACGUCGCACUCUUCUUCAUGUGUUUCCACCUCCUUUGGCUGCACACGAACCGCACCAACUACAAAAAGCAGUUGCCUCUGCUCAUAUACAUCACGACUAUCUUUAUUCUCAGCACCUUAUUUAUGGCAUCGCUGGCCAAUUUCACGCAACUCGCAUUCAUUCAAGAUCGCAAUUAUCCAGGUGGUCCCAACGCAUUUGAGAAUACCAUGUUCGGCAUUCCUGUGGACAAUCUUGGAAACGCCUGUGGUCUUAUAACGAUGAUUCUUUCAGAUACGUUAGUCGUUUGGCGAUGCAUGGUAAUCUACAGAGGGUGCAUGGUGCCGAUGUGGAUCAUCAUGUUGUUUCCUUGUCUGAUGCUUACUGCAUCCAUCGCUAUGGGUAUAAUGUGGAUGCUUCAAGUAACCGCCAAUUCCCCAUAUUUUACCUCGACUAAAAUCAACUACACCGUUCCAUAUCUCAGUCUCUCCCUCGCACUGAACAUCGUCAUCACGAUCGUCAUCGUACUUCGUCUACUUACAUAUCGUCGUCGCAUCACCAAAGCUCUCGGCUCUAGCUACGGCACUCAAUACACGUCGAUUGCCGCGAUGAUCGUUGAAUCAGCCGCUCUUUAUUCCACGUUUUCGGUGGCGCUUCUGUUACUCUUCCUCACGAACAAUCCCAUCUCGGCGACAUUCAUCGAGUCGCUGACUCAGGUUCAGAUAAUUGCAAUGUUGCUCAUAGUUUUCCGAGUCGCGCAAGGAAAGGGAUGGUCUCAGGAAACCAUGUCUAGGGUCAUGACCUCGAGGCCAUCAGUGCAAGCAAUUCGCAUGGGUGACUUGGAGUACGAAGGUUCCAAGACAUGUGCCAGUUCCACUAGCACUGGGCCUCCUGUGGUCUACAAGAGUAACGACCGCAAUUCGGUGGAAGCGGCCGUGUGAGCAAGGUCGCUUGGAUACUUGCUAAGAUCACGUUGCAGAAUCCCUCGGGUCAAAGUAUAUACGUUUUUGAAGAAACAAAAUUUGUUAUUUGGUGUACUUACGACAGUGGAGCCUCAUGUCUCAGGAUUGAAUUAUUUAUAUGAUACCCCACAGUUGCUUUGAAAAUAAGGCGUUCAACAAAACUUCGCAUUGGACGUAGUCGUUCAAUGGAAAC